GGUGGUAGCUUCUCCUCCGACCCGGCUAAAAUAUGCAGAUCCCUAACCCUAGACGGCCAUUGCUAACCUCAAUUUCUUCUCAUUCUCACUCCUCAAGCUAAAAACCCUCGAAGAUCUUUCUCUGUUUGUGGCAAAAUCAGGUACCUUUCUUUCUAGUUCGAAACCCUAGAUCUCUCUUUUCUCUCUCUUCGUCUUCUUCUGGUUUCGCUCGAAGAUGGGUGAUAGCGAAGACGAAACCGGAUACCCAAAGAAGUUUUACUCUCUGAAUCGCCAAAACCAUCCAAUGUAUACGCGACCAAUUUCCAAACGCCACGCGUAUUACCACGAAGAGGAAGACGACCAGGAAGACGACGAAAUCGAGCAGGAAGAAGAUGAAGGUGAGUACAGUCACCGGUUUCAGAAGAGGCAGAAACCGAACAAACCGGUUUCCGGUUACGAGUUCGCUGGUGGUCCAAGCAGCGAUUCGAAAGUCGCUUACGAUUGGAGAGAGCAAGAGGCGUUUGUGUUGCUUGAAGUUUGGGGUGAUCGGUUCUUGCAAUUGAAUCGGAGGAGUUUGAGAAACGAAGAUUGGAACGAAGUCUCGGAGAAAGUGAGCGAGGAGCUGAGGUCGGAGAAGACGGAGACGCAGUGUCGGAGAAUGGUUGAUAAUCUGAAGAGGAAGUAUAGGAAAGAGAAGACCAAAGUUGAGAAAUCUGGAUUGGGUUCGAGCAAGUGGUCGUUUUUCAAUAAGAUGGAUAUGUUGCUUGGCUCUUCUCCUAAAUCAGAGUCAGGUUUGGCUUGUGGUGUUGAUUCAGGAGAGUUUGUGUUUAUGAACACUAAGGUUUACUUGGAUAAAUCUAAUGGGUUUGAUGAGAUGAUGGAUAGUCCUGGUGAUUCAGAAGACGAUGAUGAUGAUGAUAAUGAUGAUAGUGAUCGUGAGGUUGAUUACGAGAGGAAGAAGAAGAUGAAUGAUGCGGCUUCUUAUAAGCUGUUGGCUGAUUCAGUUGAGAGGUUUGGGAAGGUUUAUGAGAAGAUGGAGAAGAGUAAGAAAGAGCAGAUGAAGGAGUUGGAGAAGAUGAGAGCUGAUUUUCAGAAAGAUUUGGAGUUGCAGAAGAAACAGAUUGUUGAGAGAGCUCAGAGUGAGAUUGCUAGGCUACGUGAAGAGGAAGAGAAUCUUGCAGAUGAUGAUGUGAGUGAAGAUGAGGAAAUGGCGAAUGAUUCUGAUGUGAAUCUUAGUGAUGAAUAAUGAUAGAUAAAUGAUUUACUAGGUUUGUCUGUUUUAGGUUCGACAAAAAGUUCUGUAACUCGUGUUUUGAUGGUUACAAGUUUUAGUUAUAUAGGCUAAAGACAAUUUCCCUCAAAUCAGUGCAUUAUUAUAUUUCCUUGUUAAGAAGAUGCCUUUAUGAAUGAGUAUUUCUAUUGAGCUUA